UGCCAAAACUGCCAUCAGAUUUUCGACCGCAAAUGCGAGUGGAACAAACACAUGGACAAGCAUGAACGGCCAUACAAGUGCGAUAAACCGCAAUGCGCCAAGUUGCUAGGAUUCACAUACUCAGGCGGCCUCUUGCGACACGAACGCGAGGUUCACAGCAUGCAUGGCGGGCCCAAAGAACAGCUCUUCUGCCCUAUCAAACACUGCAAGCGACACACCGAACAGGGCUUCACCCGCCGCGAGAAUCUGCAGGAGCAUCUACGUAGGGUACACAAGCUGCAAGAUGUCGAGAGCGUUGAAGCUGCUGCGCAAGAUGCACACACGCCUGGAGCUGCUCUUUCCGAUCACGAAUCUGACGAUGACGCCCGAUCGACAAAACGCAAGCGUAUGAGUGUUGUGAGCCAGAGUGAAGAUGCGGCAGAGGAGGACAUCAAAACUCAGCUCAAGAAACUACGACUUGACAAUGCCGAACUCAGGAACAUGGGAGAAAGCCAACGAGCAGAACUCGAUGCGAUGAAAGAACAGAUCAAAUUUCUCCAAGAACAACUU